AUGGUUCUCCCUGCGGCUCUGACCGCGUUAGCCCUACUUCUGGGCUACACUUCAGCCGCGGAUCCGCCGGCGGAUUUCCCAGGCGACGAGACCCCGUACCGCGUGAUUCCCACCGGCACCGUGGGACCAGACAACGCCAUGGGGACGUACCUCUAUGGGUACAAUGGCUGCAAUGAGUUCUUUGGAAAAGGAGCCAAGGGCAAGAUUGACGAUGCCUAUUAUGACGCGUGGCUAAUCACGAACACUGCAGGCGUGGCGUCCAAUAUUGAUUGGAACAACGCAGCUGCACUGGAGUUCCUGGGUGCCCCGGGCCUGAACCAGGGCAAACAAGGCCAGAUCCAGGCGGUGCUGAAAAACGUCGCAACGAUGAUCUACAGCUACGAAAACCCCUUCCAGCAUUACAUCAAGGUCCGGUGCGACGAUCCGAGGAAGAAGUGCCAGAAGAGGCCGGAUCAGGAUCGGUGUUUGCCCAAAAAACCAGACCCGGGCGAGGCGCCCAAGCCCAAGCCCACGCCGCUUGCAUAUUCGAUGAACUCGGACCCGGAUAGCAAGGGCGUCCCGAUGAUCAAUUUCUGCGAGGGGUUUUUCAACCGCCACAGUCUCGCGGACGCAAUCACCUACGGCAAGGCCCUCGCCAGCCCAAAUAACCUGAAACUCGCCAUGUUCGAUAACAGAGCGCAGACAUUCCUGCACGAGAUGCUCCAUCUCGAUCUAGCCGCGGACUCCUCCGCGGACGAUACGCCCAAUCCGCGCGUCGACGAUCUCACGAUCGACUUCAAAACGGGGAAAAAAGACCGGUUUGACUAG